UCUUCAUCUACGGCAAAGAGGUAUCCAUCUAUCCUUGAAGAGAAAGUUGGCAUCCAUACACAUUGAGAGAUAGUGAGAGCCUCUGGUAAGAGAGAAAAACAGUUCUCUUCAUGAGAAUAUCUCUUUUUAAACUUCAAGAUUGGCAGGCCACUCACUAAUAACACGAAUGAAACUAAGAUUUUCUUGAUCAAUAUCGUCGUCAUCUUCAUCUUCAUCUUCAUCUUCAUCUUCAUCUUGUCAUCAUGUGUAAUCUGAAUACCACCACUACCAUGCCCGUAUCAGACAAUCCAGACCAAGCACCAGAUACUCACUUGUUUUUCGAUCUUCGCUCGCUACCCAUCUACUCAAAACAAACAGAGGACCCAAUAACGGACCCUGAAAAGCAAGACCCACAUUGCACAUCUUUCUCCUUCUCCGACAUCAUCAAUGAGACCAAAUCUCUGUUCAGCCUUGCUUUUCCUAUAGCACUCGCCGCUCUCAUUCUCUAUUCUCGCUCUGCUGUUUCCAUGCUCUUUCUUGGCCACCUCGGCGACCUACACUUGGCUGCCGGCUCUCUUGCUAUUGCUUUCGCCAACAUCACUGGCUAUGCCGUCCUCUCCGGCCUGGCUUUAGGGAUGGAGCCUCUCUGCUCACAGGCCUUCGGUGCUCGAAGACCUAAGCUCCUCUCCUUAACACUUCACCGUUCCGUGAUUUUCCUCUUGGUCUCUUCCAUACCCAUUUCCCUUCUCUGGCUCAACAUGUCCAAAAUCAUGGUGUAUCUUCACCAGGAUCCUCACAUAACAGGUUUGGCUCACACUUACCUUCUCUUCUCUCUCCCUGAACUUUUGACCAACUCUUUUGUUCACCCAAUCCGCAUUUACCUUCGCGCACAAGGCAUCACUCUCCCCCUCACUCUAGCAUCCCUCGCUGGCAGCAUCCUCCAUUUUCCUAUUAACCUCUUUCUCGUCUCUCAUCUCCAGCUAGGCUUAGCCGGCGUCGCUGCAGCAAGCGCAGCCUCCAACUGCUUCGUCCUCCUUUCCCUCGUGUCCUACAUCUGGGCAUCCGGCUUGUACAAGCCCACGUGGAUAAGGCCUAGCCUAGACUCUCUCACCGGCUGGAAGCCGCUCCUUCGGUUGGCUGCCCCAAGCUGCGUGUCUGUAUGUCUGGAGUGGUGGUGGUACGAGAUCAUGAUCGUGCUUUGCGGCCUCUUGGUGGAGCCCAAGUCAACGGUCGCAUCAAUGGGCGUCCUGAUCCAAACGACGUCGUUGAUUUACGUAUUCCCGUCGUCGCUCGGGUUCGCCGUCUCCACUCGGGUGGGCAACGAGCUCGGAGCCAACCGUCCCCAAAAAGCGAAACAAUCGGCGAUGGUGGCGAUACUGGCGGCUCUGAUGAUGGGGUUAUCAGCCAUGAUAUUCGCAUCCGGGAUGAGGGAUAGGUGGGGCCGGAUGUUCACCAACGAAGCGGAGAUCCUACGGCUGACAUCGGUAGCGUUGCCGAUCAUAGGGUUAUGCGAACUCGGGAACUGCCCACAAACCGUAGGCUGCGGUGUACUGAGGGGGAGUGCACGGCCAUCGACCGCGGCUAACGUGAACCUCGGGGCAUUUUAUCUGGUGGGCAUGCCGGUAGCGAUUGGGCUCGGGUUCUGGGUCGGGUUCGGGUUCCGUGGGUUAUGGUUGGGCCUGCUGGCAGCCCAGGUGAGCUGCGCUGGGCUGAUGCUGUAUGUGGUAGGGUCCACCGACUGGGAAUUCGAAGCUAAGAGAGCCCAGAUGCUUACGUGUGGCGCGAAUGUAGAUAUCGGCGUAUGUAGUGACGAUUAUAAAGGCGGGGAAGAUGAUGAUCAAAAGCAACCGUUGAUUAAUGUUAUGGUCAAUUCUUCUUGAUGAAUAAAAACAUUGACUAUAUUGUUUAUUUAUUUAAUUAUUUAUAUUUGUGUUUUGAGGAUGAGAGGUAGUGAAUAUUAUUAUUGUUUGUUGUCAUUUCAAAUUUUAUUUUCUCCCCGUUUCUCAGAAAUGGUGAAUUGGGUAAAAAUUAGGCAGGAA